UCUUUUUAGGGAGGAGAUACUUUUAUUUAAAAGUCUACCUUGGCUUUUGCCGCUGUCAGCGCUGUGUGGAAGGAAAGUUGUCGCUGAAUUAGUAGAAUCAUCCUUUUAAGAAUUGUGAUAGACUGACGACAAAGUAAUGGCAGGUGCUAUCAGACGAAAGCUUGUCAUAGUUGGUGAUGGGGCGUGUGGUAAGACUUGCCUACUCUUUGCCUUCACGAAGGACGAGUUCCCUGACAAAUAUAUUCCUACUGUGUUUGAAAAUUAUGUGUCUGAUAUUGAAGUCGAUGGUAAAUUAGUGGAGCUAGCAUUGUGGGACACAGCAGGUCAGGAAGAUUAUGAUAGAUUGCGUCCACUCUCUUAUCCAGACACUGACGUGAUUUUGAUGUGUUUCUCUGUGGAUAACAGUGACUCCUUAGAAAACAUUCAGUCUAAAUGGCUGCCUGAAGUAGAACAUUUUUGUCCAAAUGUCCCUUUUCUUCUCAUUGCUACCAAGAAAGAUUUAAGAUCUGACCCAGCUUUUAAUGGUACUACCAUAAAGCCUGAUGCUGGAAGAAAUAUGGCUGAUACUGUAGGAGCGUAUUUCUACUUGGAAUGCUCAGCUAAAACACGUGAAGGUGUUAGAGAGGUUUUCACAACUGCUACUCGAGCAGCACUUCAAAAGAAAAAGAAGAAGGGAGGUUCACUCUGUCGACUUUUAUAGUUUUUAUUGAUUGUGUGCAUGUUUAACUUGUUUUUGUGUGCAUCUCUAUUGCGUAUUCAUUGAUUGUACAGCAACUGCAAGUGAUGAUUAUCCAUUUUUGUGUUUAGUCUUAAUAAUUAUUAUUGGGCUUUAAA